AUGACGCCCAUACACACCGUAAGUAAAGUGGGAUUUCAGAAAAUGAUCCGCACACUGGACAAGAGGUACCAGCUGCCCUCUCGAAACUAUUUCUCUCAAGUAGCGAUACCUAAAAUUUAUAACUCGCGCCGUGACGAAGUUCAAAAGGAAAUGGCUUCGGUGACGUUCUUUUCAACCACUACGGACCUGUGGUCAAGCAGGACAAGUGAACCGUAUAUUAGCUUGACUGUGCACUUUGUCAACGAGGAGUUUGAAUUGAAAAGCCGCUGCCUUCAAACAUCGUAUUUCCCCGCCGACCACACAGGAGAGAACAUAGCCUUGGGCUUGAGAGAGGCACUGGCUGCGUGGGACCUCUGUGAGGAGCAUCGGGUCGCCAUCACUACAGACAACGGCACCAACAUUGUCAAAGCAGUGGAGCUUAAUCAAUGGACUAGAAUCCAGUGUUUUGGGCAUAGACUUCAUUUGGCCAUUGAAAAUGCUCUGAAAGAUAAUGCACAAUGCAUUAACAGAGCUACUGGGAUAUGCAGGAAGAUUGUGGGCCACUUCUCCCAUAGUUGGAAGAAAAGAGUGGCCUUGAAGGAAGCACAACAAGAGCUGAACCUCCCAGAGCAUGCCAUGGUGACAGACUGCUCAACACGAUGGGGUUCCACUCAGAAAAUGAUAGCAAGAGUCCUGGAGCAGCAAAGUGCGUUGUCCAAGGUUCUCUCUACAGACCGCAAAGUGCGACACCUACUCCCUUCAUGGCAGGACCUGGAGGUCUUGGAAUCUGUAAACAAGGCACUAAGCCCACUCCAGGACUUUACAGAUGCCUUAUCUGGUGAGAGUUAUGUGAGCAUAUCUUGUGUGAAACCUGCUCUGCAUCUUCUGAACACCUCAGUGCUGGCUGAAGACGAAGCAGACACUGAACUGACCAAAUCACUGAAAACAAAAAUCCUUAGCUACCUCAACAACAAAUAUGAAGGCACACAGGACUUGCUAAACUUCACCACUUUCCUAGACCCAAGGUUCAGAACUCAAUACAUCUGUGAAGAGGAGACCCAGACCUUGAAGGAACGAGCCAUCUCUGAAUUGAUAGAAAUUCACCAGCAGCAGUCUGUUGCCCAAAGCACUGCAGUGAUGGAGAAUGAUAGCCUGGAUGUGGAAAGUCCACCUGCUGCUAAAGCCAAGAAGAAAACUCUGGCCAGUUUCUUCAAGGAAACCACAUGCACAGCACCAAGAACAUCAUUGUCAUCCACAUUUGAUUCCAUGGCACAGUUUAGAGAAGCAGUGACCGCUGAACUCAAUGCUUACAUUUACAUGCCAUUUGUAGACCAUGGAGAAGAUCCACUGAAAUGGUGGAAGUUUCACAAACUCAUGGGAACACUCAAAGAAAAAUUUAGAAACUCACCGAAUCUGAUCUGGAGCAAAUAG